UGAAGAAGUGCUAAAUAGUCGAAAGUUAUCAGGUUCUAGCUACUGUUCCGGACAUGAUUUAAAUUCUGAUGUAUUUUUAUCAAAUAAUGAAAUGGGCCCUGGGGGUGAUACUUCCAAUUUAACUAAUAAUAUUGAGAAAUAUAAUGUUGCAGACAUAACUAAGUCUGAUAUUCAAAAAUUUAAGAAUGAUUUGCAAAAAAUCUGUGAUAUAAUGGAAACAUUUGAUUUAAUAAAUGCUACAAACUCUGAAUUGCAUUUAUUAGUUCAAAGCAUCAGUGUGUAUGACAUGAAAUUAUUAACUCAGAUUAAUUUAACAGAAAUACAAAACAGAAAUCAUACAGAACUGGAAAUAUUAAGAGACAAUUAUGAAAAUAGAAUCAGUUUACUAGAUGUAGAAUAUAACAAAAAGAUACAAGACAUAGAAAGGAAGCACAAUGAAGAAAUCUCGUCACUUAAAGAACAAUUACAAAACAACGUUAGAAAUCAACAUGAAGUGGCAAAUCCUGGUGAAUCUGAGUUAGCUGAAGUCGUACAAAGUUAUGAACGUAGACUGCAAGAACAAGUAAUGUUAGCAAAGAUAGACAUAAUAAACGCUCUCGAAUAUCAAAUUCAGGUGUUAGUCGCAAAUUCGGAUGAAGACGAGGAAUGGCCUUCUGAACUUUUACAACUUAGAAGUAAAUUUACGGAACAUUAUGAAAAAAAAAUAAUGGAUAUGUCAGCUGAGCAUACAAAAGAAAUCGCCAAAUUGAAAGAAGAACAUAUAAGAAAUUUGAACAGAGCUAUUAAAAGGCGAAGUUUAAAAGAGAACAGUCUUAUUCAAGAGGAAUUGGAUAUUUUGCAAGAGAGAGAUAACUUACGAAAAUGUACUUCAAUUCUACGUAUCGUAGUGACACACUUGAUGAAAUAUUUUUCUGAAUGUGAGAACGAGCUUAACAAUUCACUAUUAGAAGAAAUAUUAAAAAGAAAUUUGCAAAGCAGCAAGUCCGUCGAUUUUGACGACAAAUUGUCAGUACAUUUUUCAUCAAGUUCAUGUUCAAAGCGAGUUCAUAUAACACCUAAUGUAACUGAAAUUCUGGCAACAAUAGAUGAUUCAAUUCCUCUCGUCGACGUGAACAUUAAUGAAUUGUCAGUAGAUUUAGAAAAUGAGUUGUCAGAAUGCCUCGGUAAACUUAGAGACGAAGCAAACGACAUAUUAGCGUUAACAGCAAGUAUACACUCAAAUAGAAACAAAAGCAUCACAAUAAAUGAAAGAAUUUCGUCUUUAACUCGACAGCCACUUGAUGAAAAUACACUUAAAGAGGAUUUAACUGAGAAGCUUAAUGAAACUGAAAAGUAUGUAAGAAGUCUGGAAAAUGAAAGAAUUAAUUUAGAUAACCAUAUUGAGCAACUUCUUGAAAAGCAGCGAGUGUUAGAAAAUGAUUUAAUGUACGCCAAAGAAAAGAUUGCUCAAAUGAUGGACAAGGAAGUAGUUUCUGAAGGUUAUGGAGAGAUAGAUGAAUGUUAUGUGUCUAAUUUCGGCGAGGAGGUAGUAUCAUUUAACGAAGUUCAAGAAAAGGCAAGAGCUGUACUCGGUGAAGAUUCUCCUGAUUGUAACAGACUAAUGCAGUUAGUUGAAGAUCUAUGCAGGGCAGGAGAAAAACUUAAAACAGAAGCCCAGAAAGAGCACAUUGAUUUAAAGCAACAAGUAGAUAAAGUACCGCCUUAUCGUGCACUGAGUAGGGAAAAGAUUAAUAUAUAUUAUCUUUUCUUGAUGAGAACGAUGUACAGGUUGUCCAACACUGCGCUCAGAGAAUACCGAGUGUUACAUGAGUUUGCCACGAAGCACACAUUAUCUUUAACAAAAUGGGAGGCCGGAGCAGAACUAGGUUCAGGGCAAAACGGGACGGNAUUAAUUUUCUGUUUUGGGUAUUUGCUGUUAAGUAUUAUCAACUGA